CUCCUUAGUUGGGAUAAAAGGAUAAGGUAAUCAAAAACCAUUGUGCGUCUCUUGGCCUCAUACUUUGAUGCUUUAACUAAGUUCCCUGCUAAAGGCAAUGAAAAUGAACACCAACAUGCUCUCUACCUACCCAAAACACUUCACUACAAUCCCAAUACCAAUUUCCUCUAAAUCUCAACAUCGCCAUGUUCAAUCCUUUGUUCGUUUUCCUAUUAGAAGCAGCAGCAGUGAUGGCAAUAACAAUGCAACCAGCAGCAUAAAUGAUAAUGGCAACGAAUCACAACCCAUAACACCACCAAUAACACCACCAAACACGUUGGAGAUUCGAUACAGAAGACGUUCAUCUAAACGAAGAAAGCAGAAGGAAGAAGAAAUGCUUAAUGCCGCAAAACAAGUUGCCAAGGCUAAGCCGCCGCCUAAGGAUUGGGAAUCCAUGACUCUGACUGAGAAAGCAUUGGAGUUGUAUGUGGGAGAAAAGGGUCUUUUGUUUUGGCUCAACAAAUUUGCUUAUGCUUCUAUUUUUAUUAUAAUUGGGGCUUGGAUACUAUUCCGAUUUGUUGGUCCUGCACUAAACCUUUACCAGCUGGAUACUCCUACUCCUCUUGCCCCUGAAUCCAUGUUCACAGGUUCAGGCGAGAAACCUUGACUAUUGGAAAGUUCAACGUUGAGGGGAGAGCAAGAGGAAGAGACAUUUGUUCAGGGACCUUGGCCCAAAGAGAAGAAUUUCCCAGUUGUUCCCCUGUUUGCUUCUAAGUCCAAAUUUUGUAGUCUUGUAUGUAGCUCGAAAGUUAAAAGAGUUAAGCAAAUAAACAAGCCAAUACACUCUCCUGAAAACUAGUAUUGUAUUUCGUUUUUCUCUUUCACUAGCUAAAGGAGAACCUACAAAUCCAUCAAACUUAUUUUUCUCUUUUUAACCUGUGAGCUUAGUGGUAACCUUGCCUACUUCUCUUAUUCCAACGCAUAGAAAUUAUAGAAUAUGAUCUAAAGGUGUCAUGUACCUGCAUCUCGACAUUUUCAUAUGUUUCUAACUAGUAGUAUUUGUUUCUUUCUUAUUGGAACUACAAUUAUUUCUC